CGGUUCUUUUCCGAGGAGCAGAGUGCGGGUUGGGCAAAUGGAGGGUUCGACCGGCAACUCGCUGGCGCCGCCGCCCGCCUUCCGUAACAGGUACUGGAUCCUCCGCCACGGCCGCAGCGUCCCCAACGAGCGCGGCCUCAUCGUCUCCUCCCUGGAGAACGGCACGAAGCCGGAGUUCGGGCUGGCCCCUCAGGGCGUCGAGCAGGCGCGCUCCGCCGGCGAGUCGCUCCGGAAGGAGCUUGAGGAGAUGGGUGUGCCGGUGGACUCUGUCAAGAUCUGUUACUCGCCGUUCUCGCGGACGACGGAGACGGCCAGGGUGGUCGCCGGCGUGCUGGGCGUCCCAUUUGAGGGUCCUAGCUGCAAGGCAACCGUGGAACUUCGUGAACGUUAUUUUGGACCAUCAUAUGAGUUGCUUUCACACGAGAAGAUGUUAGUCUGUGGAUCAAUUUGCUUCUACCCAACCAUUCCAAUUAGUGAGAGUUCAUAUGACGUUCAAGAGAUACCAUUGCCUGCUAAACAGGUAUGGGCAAUAGAUGAAGCAGAUCCCUUUCUGGCCCCAGAAGGUGGGGAGAGCGUUGCAGAUGUUGCUAGUAGACUUGCAGGGGUGCUGUCUUCUGCAGACGUGGAGUUUCAUGGCUCUGCUGUUCUUAUUGUCAGCCAUGGGGAUCCAUUGCAGAUCUUUCAAGCAGUACUCAGCGGAGCCAAGGAAAACCCAUCUUUCCUCGACGAUGUAGCUGGCCUGAGAAAGGAAAGCCUGGUAGUUCCAUCCGUGUUGUCACAACACCGUAAGUUCGCACUCAACACAGCAGAGCUGCGCCGAGUUGUGUGACCCGAUGCAGAUUUGAUCCUGUACUGCUAUGUUAGUAGAUAAUUCAUGUAUCUGUAGAUCCUUGUGGAGAGUCUAUUGCCCCACGCAUGAUAAGAUGUGGAAAACUGUUGUUCGAUGCUACUCCCUCGGCCUCUCUGUUGAGAAACAUUAACGCGUUAUUUUCGGAGAAAUUUUACAGUGCAUCAUACUA